AUGGCCGGCUCUCAAUUGAAGAGGCUCAAAGCCUCUCUGCGCGACCAGGGAAUUAUCGGUCCCCAACAAUCCAAGAAGCAGAAGCGCAAGAAUGCCGAGGAGCAACGGGCAAGACCCGACAAACGGCUGCAGCGCGGCGAGGCUCUGGCCAGCAUCCGCGAGCAGUUCAAUCCCUUUCAAUUCAAGACCAACGCCCGCGGACCAAAGUUUGAGGUCACCACCAACAAACCGGUCAAUGAAAAGACGGCGAUGGGGAUCAAGGGGCGGCCGGGAGUGGCCAAGGCCGCGGGCGAAGAGAGGCGACGACAAACGAUUCUUGUGGAAAUGCAAAGGCGCAACAAGGUCGGCGGGCUCAUCGACAGGCGAUUCGGCGAGGACGACCCCAACAUGUCGCUCGAGGACAAGAUGAUCGAGCGGUUCACCCGAGAGCAGCAGCGUAAUCACAAGAAGAGCGCCAUGUUUGACUUGGAGGACGACGACGAGGCCAUGGGCGGGCUGACCCACUUGGGCAAGCCUCUAUUUGACGCCGAAGACCUACCGCCUUUGAAGGAUGACUUCGACGAGGAAGACCUCCCUUCGGGAGAUGAGUCGGACGGGUCGCGCGCCGAGAGGAGGAUGCUGAAGCGGCAGCGCCUUACGGAUGCUGCUGAUGGACCGGAAGAGGAGGAGGAUGGCCAGCCGGACCGGAAAAAGACGAAGAAUGAGAUCUAUCAGGAGAUUAUCGCCAAAUCUAAGCAGCACAAAUAUGAACGGCAAGCACUCAAAGACGAAGAUGACGAGCUUCGGGCCGAACUCGACGAAGCCCUGCCGGAGUUACAGGCCCUUCUUUUCCAACGACAAAAGCCGCCAUCAACCGCAGCGGGUGCCACCGUCGCUACGGGGCAGAUGAAGGCUGCGCUGGAGAAAGAUUACGAUAUACGGGUUAAGCAGCUCGCAGCAGAUAAGCGGGCGCAACCGGCAGAGAGGACGAAGACGGAGGAGGAAGUGGCAGAAGAGGAGUCCAAUCGGCUCAGGGAACUCGAGGAGAAGCGGUUAAGGCGCAUGCGUGGAGAGGCGAUUGAAGAGGAUGAUGAGGAGGGCGACGGCGACGAGGAAGACGGGAAGGGCGAGAAGAAGAAGAAGAAGGGCAAGGGUGCGGCGGCUGAAGAGGUGUACGACCCGUUCAACACCGAGGAAAACGACGAGUUCGGGCUGGGCAAGGGAGUCAAGUAUCGGCCGACUGCGACGGAACUGGGAUUUGACGACGAAGACGAUUUCUUGAUCGACGACGAUCUCGUGGCCAGCGGCUCCGAUCUCGAACUGGAGAGCGACGCGGACGAGGACGACAGCGAUGACGAGGCUGGGUCAGGCUCAGGCUCGGACGACGAUGAUGACGAGUUCGUUAAGGGGAUCUUAACCGAGGCGGUCACCAAGGACCCCAUUUUCCGGGUUUCAGAAGGCAAGGGAGACGACGAGAACGGUAUUCCGUACACGUUCCCGUGCCCGCAAGACCACGAGGAGAUGCUCCGGGCGUUCGAGGGGAUCGAGGUUCCGAAACUGCCCGUAGCCGUCCAGCGGAUCAGGGCGUUGUACCACCCGAAGUUGGACAGUAAGAACAAGGAGCGGCUCGGGCGAUUCUCCCAAGUCCUCGUCCAGCACGUAGCCUACCUAGGCGACCGAUUCGAGCUGCACUGGUUCCCGGCCCUGGAGAGUUUAACCCGCCAUAUCCACUCCCUGGCCAAGUCGUUCCCGAUCGAAGUGGCCAAGGCCUACCGUGCGCACAUCCAGGAGAUCGAGCAGGAACGGCCGUUGGCCCUCAGCGUGGGGGACCUCCUCGUGCUGACCGCCGUCGGCACGACGUUCCCGACCUCUGAUCACUUCCACCAAGUCGUCACGCCGGCCAUGCUCGCGAUCGCGCGGUACCUUGGGCAAAAGAUCCCCCAGACACUUGCUGACUACGCCACGGGCACCUACCUCGCCAUCCUCGCGCUCCAGUAUCAGCAGUUCUCCAAGCGCUACGUGCCCGAGCUGAUGAACUUUUGCCUCAACACCCUCUGCGCUCUCGCACCGGAAGCCCCCAGCAAGCUGGGCGGCUUCUUCCCCAUCCACGAACCCGCAGCCGGGAUCCGUAUCAAAAACGCCCACAAGACCACCAUCCGCAAACUCACCUGCGCUGACUGCCAACCCAACUCAUCCUCAUCAUCACCACCGGCCGCAUCCGCCUCCCUCAAAGUCGCUAUCCUCAACACCACCACAACCCUCCUCAAAACCGCCGCCGAAACCUGGCAUACCCUGCCCUCUUUCCCAGAAACCUUCACCCCGGCCCUCCACAUCCUCCACCAUCUCACCUCCUCUUCUUCCACCCCCCACCUCCCCCCGACUGUCAUCACAACCUUCACCGACACCCUCACCCCCCACCUAACCCGCCUCCUCCGGCUCGCCCACCUCACCCGCCGGCCCCUCGAACUCCAUCACCACCGCCCCCUCGCGAUCCGCACCUACAUCCCCAAAUUCGAAGACUCCUUCGACCCCGACAAGCACUACGACCCGGACCGCGAGCGCGCCGAACUGGCCAAGCUCAAAGCCGAGCACAAGCGCGAGCGGAAGGGCGCGAUGCGCGAGCUGCGCAAGGAUGCGGCGUUUAUGCAGCGGGAGAAUUUGCGCGUCAAGAAGGAGCGCGAUGCGGCGUACGAGAAGAAGUACAAGCGGUUGGUGGCGGAGAUCCAGGGGGAGGAGGGGAAGGCGGCGAACGAGUAUGCGAGGGAGAAGGAGGCCAGGAAGAGGAAGGCUGCACGGGGGAGGUAG